AUGGCAGGAACCAAACGCAGCAGCACAGACAGUGGCCCUUCGCCACGGGCCGCCAAAGCUGCGAAGAAAGCCACAGAUGACACUCCCACUAACAGCAAAAAAGGUGGAGCGAAGAAGACGGCCAAGCCCGCGAUUUCCACCUCUGACUUCAAACAUAAGGCGUUGCCACUCCAUGUUAAUCUUACCCACACACCGCCCACCUUGUCUGAAGACAAGACUGCGGUGGCAAAUAUUGAUCCUGGGCACCUUGGAAGCCUAGCGCUUGUCGCAACCUCUUUUUCGACUGGAAGCUAUGGGUGGAAAGGCAGCAAGCGCCUGACGGUCGAACUUCAGAAUUCAGACAGCGGGGAAAAAGAAAAGGUCUCUGUUAUGUUGACGAUCAACGCGACCGUCGUUGGCAGUAAAGGUGCGAAGGAUAAGACUGAAGGUGGGGAUGACAACAAUGACGACAAAGACGGCGAGGAGUCCGCUGAAGAGGCUGAUGAAGAGUAA